AUGUUUUGCUUCCGUGAAGAUUCAGAAAAGCACCGCGUUGGUCGAAAACCGCGUGGAAGCAGCGGCAAAGACCCCAACCGCGUCGCCAAAUUCGUACCUCAUUUUCACAGCAGCAGAAACGAGGAUUCCACCAGAAAGAACGAUGAUCCGCGUCAGUAUUCUGAUGAAAUACCACAAGAUGGCCGAACAAGUAUUGCGGGUCGCAAGAGUCGGCUGGAUACAUGCUCCGUCCAGGAUGAACUCAAGGACGUCGAGGACAGGCUCUUCAAGUGGAUGACAGACCGCAGACUGCCCAUUGAUCGGUCGCAAAAUGCAGCAACCUCUCUGCUGAUCAAGGUCUUUGCUUCUCAUGACUCUUUGCAAGAAACCAAUAGACGACUAGUGGAGACGUUACAGGAGAGAGAUACCAGGAUCCAACGCUACAGAACCGCCAUAGCCACGAAGGACGAGAAAAUUUCAAGUCUUGAGCAGCAAAUCUAUGCCGAGAGAGUUGCAGCUCAACAUGAUAUGUCACAACUUUACCAGCAAUACCAGAGCUCACUACAAUGGGAGCAGGCGAAGCACGCAGACGAAGUGGCAGAUUUGAAUCGAAGACAGAGCAAAUGUGAAAAACAGCACAAGGAUUAUGUCAAUGUCCUCACCACCAAGCACCAGAGCCUUAUCGACACAUUGACACACAAGCACGAAACUGAUAUCAAGCGCCGCGAGGAUGAGUACAGAGUCGAAAUUGCCCAUGAGAAGGAGAAGGUUAAAAAAGCCGAAGAAGAUAUGUGCUUGUCCGUCGACAAUUUCCAGGGACUGCAGGAUGACGAGCUCGGGAAACGAUUCUACAAGCUCACCACUGAGAUCGAGGGCCUUUCACGCCUGACCUCAGCCCCUGAUUUCGUGCAACAAGCCGAGGCAAUGGGGUUCAACGUCCGGCUACAAUCCCCAAUUCCGCUUCGUGACCACACAUUCUUGUUCCAGAGUAUUUUGUGGAAAAUCGUCGUAGAUGGCACCUUCCUGACGCCGUUCCGGGUUUUCGGAGCCUACGGCGACCCCAUCUACCAAACCUGGAGAGCUCUAUUUGGCGUUCAGGAUAAUGCACUCCUGGAGUGGCCGGAAGCAGAUCCUCUUGCAGAGAAAUGGCGCUACACGACCGUCGAGCGGCUAAGGAGCGCUCGGAACGCUCCUACCGCUCCCCACCGGCAGCAUCAGGAAAUCCAGGCAAGCUACCAGGACCGUAUCUCCAGUCUUAUCUCGACGCUCUCACACCUCUUCGUGUUUCCCUCCACCAACAACAAUUCGCCGAGCCUGGCUACCAGACUCCAUGAGCUCAUAGAGCAAGCCAGUGAGUUUGCUACUCUCAUCGCGAUUCAACGAUACCGGGUCCGCUUCUUCUUGCCUUCCACUCUUGGGCUUCGCGGUCAACUUGACACCAAGUACGUCAAGGGGGUAUACCCCGGAAGUGAACUGGAGGCUGCGUACGCGAAUGCGGAAUUCGUAGUAUCCCCCGGAUUGGUCAAGGAAGGAAACUCGAGGGGCGGGAAGUUAGAAGAGAAGGUGCCGUUGAUCAAGGCUGUAGUGUACUUCAACCACGAGGGCAGCGCAGGAUAA